AUGACGAGAUCUCUGGCAAGCAUCUUCUUUCCCAUUUUGAUGGUUUUAUCAAUCAUGGAGUAUUCAUUUGCAGCUGACAUGAUAAGUCUGGCACAAUCUGUCAGUGAUGGUGAGAGGUUGGUUUCUUCAUCCCAACGCUUUGAAUUGGGAUUCUUCUCUCCUGGAAACUCAACGUUCAGGUUCCUUGGGAUAUGGUACAAAAAUAUUCCAAAGGCAGUUGUGUGGGUUGCAAAUAGGAACAGGUCAAUUGCUGGUGCACAUGGAGUUUUAACAGUCAAUAAUGAUGGAAACCUUGUGCUGCUUGACGGAACAAACAGCACUGUUUGGUCUUCAAAUGUCUCUAGAAAAGCAGAAGUGCCAGUGGCACAACUUCUAGAUUCUGGAAACUUUGUUAUUAGAGACAACAAAACCAUGCAACAUGAUGAAAGCUAUCUGUGGCAGAGCUUUGAUUACCCGUCAGACACACUGCUGCCAGACAUGAAGCUUGGAAAGAACUUAAAAACUGGAAAAGAAUGGUUUUUAACAUCUUGGAGAAGUGCUGAUGAUCCGUCUCCCGGAAACUUUACUACCAGACUUAGCAUUCAAGGAUUGCCUUCUAUAGUUACUUAUAUGAUAUCAGCAAAAGUGUACCGCAGUGGACCGUGGGAUGGAUCUAACUUUGGUGGUACUCCAGUGUCACCUAACUUGGUCUCUUUAUCAACUGUGGAGCAUCGUGAGGAUGAGAUCUACUAUAAGUAUCAGCCUUACAAUAAUCCGAUUAUUACACGAUUAACUUUAAACCACUCAGGUUCCAUCCAGCGUCUUAUAUGGAAUGAGAGGCACACUGAAUGGGGGAUUGUCUACUCAGCACCAUAUGACCAAUGCGGCCGAUAUGGCCAAUGUGGUGCAAAUGGAAUUUGCAGCAUCAACAAGACACCAAUUUGUGAGUGCCUGAAAGGGUUCAGACCUGACUCAGAAGGACUAGAUGCAAGUAAUCAUAGUUGGUCUACAAGGUGUGUAAAAAAGCGGCCAUCAGAUUGUCAAAAAGGAGAAGGGUUUCUAAGACUUGUUUGGAUGAAAUUGCCUGACUUGAUAGAUUUCAAGUUCAAUGAGAUUAUGAAUCUUAAGGAAUGUGAGGUGGAGUGCUUGCAAAACUGCUCUUGUAGUGCUUAUGCAAGCGCAACCUUAGAUGGACGUGAGAAGGGCUGCUUGAUGUGGUAUGGUGACCUGAUUGAUAUGGAAGACCGAUCAGGAAAAGGCAGGGGACCAGAUAUCUAUGUAAGAGUACCAUCUUCAGAACUAGUUGGUGCUUCAAAAGAAAAGAAACGAGUAAAGAUCAUCAUAGUAGCUUCAAUCAUUUCUGGAAUGAUUGUGUUGGGCUUGGUGUCCUGCUUUGUCCUAAGGAAAAAAUGGAAAAGAGUUUCAGUAUCUGGCUAUGCUUUAAAUGACAAGAAAAGAACAAAGACCACCAAACUGCUUUCAGUCAUUCCUGGCAUGAAUAUCUUGGCCGCUCUGUUCUCGUACAUUACGAAGAAAACAUGGAAAGGAGGCCAAGAGAGCUGCAAGGAGAAUGUAGAAGUGCCUUUGUUUGAUUUGGUUUCCAUUGCUACUGCUACCAAUAGUUUCUCCCAGGAAAAUUUAAUAGGAAUUGGGGGAUUUGGUCCUGUUUACAAGGGCAUCCUUCCAACAGGAAAAGAAAUUGCUGUAAAGAGGCUGUCAAAGAAUUCAGGACAAGGUGCUGAAGAGUUUAGAAAUGAAGUAGUUUUAAUUGCCAAACUUCAGCACAGAAAUCUGGUCGGGCUCUAUGGCAGCUGCAUACAGGGAGAAGAAAGGGUUUUAAUCUAUGAAUAUAUGCCCAACAAAAGCUUGGAUUAUUUUAUCUUCGGUUUGAUUUCUUCACCUUUCAUGCAUCCUAUCAUUACAUAA